AAUAUGGCUUGGCUGUAUUAGGAUUUUACCGCGAUCUUUCAAGAACUUUCGUAACUGCUAGCCUACUGCUAUCGCGGCACCAUGGAUUGCAGUCAAAUUAGUGACUUAGAAGAUGCAAUUACCGAAGAAUUUCGAGCGGACUCAGAGAGCGUCUUGCGGUUGUUCUGCUAUCGAGUGUUUGAGUUGAUCAUCGAUUCGCGCUAUCCUACGUCCGACUCCAUCAAACGCAGCUGCGAUACAUAUCGGAGCACCCGUCAGUCUUCUAACAGUGACCUUUGGAAUGCUCACCUAACCGAGUCGUGUUCGUAUACGUACGAGAAAUUCGGAGUGGAAGCACCGCUGUUUGGCGACAUUCGCUUCACUCUCAAACGGCAACUCGAUCGUCAUAAGCACGUUCUCGACACUCCCAUAAUCCUGCUGACAACAGUAAGAAUGGACGAUGGCGAUGAUCUGUAUCUGGAAGCCUUCUGGAUAUCGCUAAGUUCAGCAGACGGAGAGUGUCGCACCGUCACUGUCAGCGAUCUUUAUUUUCGGUUAUGUAUGGUCAUUCGGUCAGUAACUGUUCUGGUCAGAAUGGCUCCUGUUAGGCGUUUGUUGACGAGAGAGUGGACCGAAACAAAACACUUGUUUCAUCACGUCAUCUUUUCAAACACGAAAGCACUAGACAACCUCCACUCUUUGCCGGGGGUGCGCAAGAUUUCUGCGAUUCUCACUCCGUUAGGUGAACUGCAGUUCGGUUGCGUUAGUCGCAGCCAUGAACUAACAGAGAAUGACCCCUGGAGCAAGCUGCACACAUCAUCCCAUGGGCUGACCGAAGGUGCACUCAUAGACCAAAUGGGCAAUUUUCUGGAUUACAUUACAGUGGAAAACUGCCGGCAAUUUUCCGAUACCCACCGCACCGUACACACAGUACUCCCGAAAGACCUACGGACACACCACUCGGAGUUAUGCCCACAACAGUCGGACGAAGUGAUGCACAGGAUCGCUUGUCCGUUCGCCACCACACCGAAUCCUCCGGAGAUGUUGAAAAAAGACGAGUUCCACUCCUUAAUGGCUGCGCCUCGUCUCCAAGCGGCUAUGCAUACUUUGUCGCCAAGCAAGGAAAGCGAUCGUCAAAUCACGAAGUCUGCGUUACGGGCACUGCAAGAGCAAACUUCGUGUGAAAAUCUACCUUCGGCUUCUGGCUUGUUGUUUUCACCUCAAUUUGAUAUCACCGGCCUAACGGACAUUGCAAAGCUCCAACAUCCCGUGUUUCCAAAAACGACCGCGUCAAAACUGUUACGAACGGUGCAGACAAGUUGGAGGCCAAUCGAAGAACAGUUUCGUGAGAAUCAGCAGUUUUAUGAACAGUUUUGCUGUGAAAUUAAGGAGCAGCCCGAUGCGUCAACCAGCAGCUAGAUUUUAAAAAUCUCAUAUCCUAUAAGCAAGCUAGCGCAAACUGUGUUUUGAGUGGUGUCUGCAUGUCUGCACAGUUCUGAAAAUUCAAUUAAGAUUAUAUGCGAUUUUCAGUGCGGUACUACUUAUUACUAUCGUACUAAAGUGCCCGUCAAUCAAA